CAGUUCUUCAAGUAUCGAGAAGAGAAGACCAGGAGGAGGCGGAGACGAGCACGCGGCGAUGAGCUCCGAGGCGCCGGCCGACGUGGUGCACAGCGGCGGGUGCCACUGCCGGCGGGUGAGGUGGACGGCGGAGGCGCCGGCGAGCGUGGUGGCGUGGAUCUGCAACUGCUCCGACUGCUCCAUGCGUGGGAACACCCACUUCGUCGUCCCCACCGCCAGGUUCGCGCUCGACCCGGCCGCCGCGGGGUUCCUCACCACCUACACCUUCGGCACCCACAAGGCCAAGCACACCUUCUGCAAGGCCUGCGGCAUCACCUCCUUCUACACCCCGCGCGCCAACCCCGACGGCGUCGCCAUCACCGUCGCCUGCGUCGACCCGGGCACCCUGUCGCACGUCGAGUACAGGCACGCCGACGGGAGGAACUGGGAGAAGUGGUUCGCGGGGAGCGGCAUCUCCGGCUUCUCCAAGCCCCAGGAGGCUGCUCCAGCGCCGCCGCCCCCGCCGGCGGCGGCCGAGUAAGACCUAGCUGUUGUGUUGUGAGCUUCUUCAGUGUUAACUGUUAAGAAACUAUUACUGUGUGAGAAUAAUUGAAUAAUCGAUAUAUUUAUAUGGAUGCGUGCAGUAUGUGUGUUACUUAGUUGCAUAAAUGUGUUGCAACCGGGAAAUCCAAAAUAGAUGUUUUCACUGCUUUUGCUGUAUCAUGUUCACUAAAACUGUUAUUAGAUGAAAUUAAUUGGGAUUAGAAGAUGAAGAUGAGGACAUGCAGUUUGCCAUCUGGUGCAUAUGUUAUAUGUAGAUUUAAUUAUAUGCAAUUGGCAAAGCCGGACAUGUGAUUCAUGUUUAUGCUUUC